AGGAGGGAGAGGAUGAAGGCAGCGCCGGGUUAUAUUUAAUCCAGCCGCGCUCCUCUUUGGGAUAAUAACUUUUUUGCUCCAUUCCAGGACUUGUCUGUCAUCUUGACACGGCAAUAUCUCCCAACUCCACUGUUUCAUAGUCAGUUUCAUUUAUUUCCAAAUACCAUUUCACACCCUGCUGGCUUUAACUAGGUAUUAUACAGCGAGAGGGGAGCGCGCGGGAGAUUGAAUCGUGACAGAGACAACAGCGGUUCUGCCUGAAAAAUAAGUGAAUAUUUUGUUGUGCUACUUACCAACCGAGUGUGGGCUGGCAUCUGCGGUGUUUCCAGGCGGAUACACUGCAGUGGACUGGGAAUUCCUUGGACUCCGACAAGGCCACAGCAGCUCGAGCAGGUGGAGAGAGGAGAGAGAAAAAAAUGAUGAUGGUAUCGGGGUGAAGAGACGUCUACUGCUGUGUUGUGCUGGUGCUGGGUAACUGGCUGCUGCGGAUACAAGGAAGCCCAUUGUCAGGAGAUAUGGGCCGAUUGCGCCCAUCUUGCCAACUUGUUUCCAUAGUUACAUCAAUGUUGUUGAAGUGAGAAGAUCAGGUAUUCCAGUGGUUGGUGCCUAUUGGAGGAGCUGUGAUGGAUGAUCAACUGCUUGGGCAGUGGCCAGUGUCCCACCUUCUUGGAGCGGCAUGAUUGACGUUUUCGGAGAGGCAUGAGGUGGGACUUGCGCGCUGCUUCUUCUCCAAUCGCGGCUCGAGGGGCGGAGGCUUUCCAUCCAUACUCCGAUUAUGAGUCAGUUACCAGACAUAAGCGGAACAAUAACACUUGGUGACACUUUGGACGUGAAAACCAUCCACACAGGCAAGUUCUUAGCGGUGCAGGAGUGGCCAAAGCCAAAAGCAGCGAUUCAGAUCAGAUUUCACCUAAACCAGCUGGAAGAGAGACCGAGAGUGCUUCCCUCCUCCCGAAUCUAGAAAAGCUUACCAAGAAAAAGGAGGAGUGUCGCUGCUGCUGCGAGGCGCGGAGGGAUCCACAGGAAUUUCCACUGGAUAUUUUUUCUCUUUCGGUGUUGAAGAAAAAAAAACAUUUAAAACAAAGUUGGAGGUGAGGCAGCCAGAGCCGUGGUCGAGGAUGGACGAGCAGCCGCGGUUGAUGCACUCCCACGGGGUUGGCAUGGCCGGACACCCCGGUCUGGCGCAGCACAUGCAGGACGGUACGGCGGGGACAGACGCAGAGGGCAGGAAGCAGGACAUCGGAGACAUAUUACAGCAGAUCAUGACCAUCACAGACCAAAGCUUGGACGAAGCGCAAGCGAGGAAGCAUGCACUCAACUGCCACAGAAUGAAACCAGCUCUUUUCAACGUCUUGUGUGAAAUCAAAGAGAAAACCGUGCUCAGUAUCCGCGGUGCCCAGGAGGAGGAGCCUCCAGACCCUCAGCUGAUGCGAUUGGACAACAUGCUGCUGGCAGAGGGCGUGGCCGGCCCGGAGAAAGGGGGCGGGUCCGCAGCAGCAGCGGCGGCCGCAGCUGCCACCGGAGGAGUGGGCGCAGACAACUCAGCAGAGCACUCAGACUACAGGGCCAAGCUGUCGCAGAUCCGGCAAAUCUACCACACAGAGCUGGAGAAAUAUGAGCAGGUCUUCACUCAUGCGUGCAAUGAGUUCACCACCCAUGUGAUGAACCUGCUGAGGGAGCAGUCGCGCACUCGGCCCAUCUCGCCCAAAGAGAUCGAGCGCAUGGUCAGCAUCAUCCACCGCAAGUUCAGCUCCAUCCAGAUGCAGCUGAAGCAGAGCACCUGCGAGGCCGUCAUGAUCCUGCGUUCACGCUUCCUCGACGCCAGGCGAAAGAGGAGAAACUUCAACAAACAGGCGACAGAGAUCCUAAACGAGUACUUUUACUCCCACCUCAGUAACCCGUACCCCAGCGAGGAGGCCAAAGAGGAGUUGGCCAAGAAGUGCGGCAUCACCGUCUCACAGGUAUCCAACUGGUUUGGGAACAAGAGAAUCCGAUACAAGAAAAACAUUGGCAAAUUCCAAGAGGAGGCCAACAUGUACGCAGCAAGGACCGCAGUGAACGCAACCAACGUGUCAGCUCACGGCAGCCAGGCCAACUCCCCCUCCACUCCCAAUUCAGCAGGUUCUGCUGGCUCUUUUAACAUGUCAAACUCCGGAGAUUUGUUCAUGAGUGUGCAGUCCCUCAAUGGGGACUCAUACCAAGGGGGGCAAGUGGGGGCCAACAUUCAAUCCCAGGUGGAUACCCUUCGCCAUGUUAUCAGCCAGACCGGAGGAUACAGUGACAGCCUCGCAGCCAGCCAGAUGUACAGUCCACAGGGCAUCAACACAAACGGGGGCUGGCAGGAUGCCCCAACCCCUUCGUCAGUGACAUCGCCCACAGAAGGUCCCGGAAGCGUCCAUUCGGAUACUUCCAACUGAAUCUCGUCCAUCUCUUGGCCCCAUCCACACACAGGAACCAUGGACUGACCUUGCUAUCCACAGUAUUACACAGAGGAGUUUGCUGUCCCGCCUCAUGGAGAGGUACAGCAAAAGCCAGACCGCUCCAAAACACUUCUCUACAGUCGGACACUUGGGAUACAAAAAUACAAAAAUGUUUCAAAUUGUAAUCGAUGGAGAUGUUUGUACAGAUUUCACAUUCUAUUCAGAGGGCUGGGGUUACUUACUCACUCAUAAUGUUUUCACACAUCAUGAUAAAAUGUUAUGAUAAAGAAACCAUUCUCCAUUCUACCUCUCAGCCACAUAAAAAACAUAGAAAAAUGUCAGUGACCAUUAUUUGUUUUGUAAAAAUAAAAAACUUUUUUGUCUUUGCAAGAGGCACAUCUUCUUACUUACGUACAUUUUGUUGUCUCUCACUUAUUCUAUGGUACGCCAUUUAGACUUAAAUAUUGCUCAGUUGUUUACAAUGUGUGCUUGAUAAAGUCUGUCCAUCUCCCCCUCACUCUCCUGCUGCAGGAGAUGUGAGCUCUAAGGUAACCCUGUGAAGUAUGUUAUCUGUAAAACAAUAAAGAAAUACUUGUCAUCCAA